AUGGCUGAAGCAAUCACCCGCUACAAGGCCAUGCCCCCAAGCAACGCCACUAUCCUCGUCGACCGAGAGGCCCUGCAUGCCAUGGCCAAAGAUCACCCGUACGGCGCUCUUUUCCCCGAGAAUGGAGGAUACUACCUGAAGGACAAAGAUGACGGAGUUGUUGGCAUUGCCGGCGAUGAGCUUUGCACGGAGCUGGAUGCUCGCUUUGCUAGCGCCGAAGCCAAAGAUGCUGAGGAAAAGGCGGCGGAAUCCUCGGCUCCCACUUCUUGCGGAAUGGACGGUGACAAGAAGACUGGAUGCUCGGGAUGCUGCAACUAG